UGAGGGGAGAGGUGGAAGCCUAAGAGGGAAAAGAGGGGGGGUUGUGGUCUGUGAGUUGAGCCCCCUUAAUUUGAGGGAAAAGAGACCCUUCUUAGGAAAGAAAUAUUUUCAAUUGCCCUCCAAAUUUCAUAUCUUGUAGCUACUGGGUACGUGCAGGGAAGGAAGGAAAUUUGCACUUAUCCGCCUUUUUUGUGGGAGAUGCCUAUUAAUAAUGACCCUUUCUUGAAUGAGACAAACGUUUCCCUGGAAAUAGAAAAGUAUUAAGAAAAAAAAUACCCUUCCUUCCUUGCUUGCUUUCUGAAUGGGAUGGAUAGCAAUGAGCCAUCAUUUGGAGAGAGAGAGAAAAACCUCCCCAAAUUGUUACUUUUACAUGUUUAGUUUUUAGAAGUCCUUCAGUGGACCCUCUCUCUUGCAGGCAGAUAAAAAAGUAUUAUACAUUUUCUCAAGAUUUUAUUUUUUAAACAAAGCGGGCAUUCUCCUUUGGAAGAGAUCUUUAGAGCUAAGUGUGCACUUUAGAUGUAAGGAACUUUUGCGCUGCUGAUUUCCACGGCAUCCACCUAAUUGUAAAGAGAGUCAUUAAUUGAAUUGUGUUUUUUUUAGAGGGCAGUUAUAUUUCCUGCUAAGCUGGGUUAUGGCAAAAAGAGAUGUCUCGCCGCCUUAAUCUUGGGGAAAGGGAACUUACUUAAUCUGAAGAAGUGUUGUUGAAGAUAUCUUAAUCACAUCCAGCCCCGUUUAUGGUGGGUCCGUAGUACUGGGAAAACUGAGUAAGGUUUGCACUGCCUGCCUUGAUAUCUGAAACAGUGGGGUGGACACAUCAUGUGUCAGGUAGACCCCAGGUGGUUGAAGGAUGCCCCUUACUAGAUACAGAAGGCCUCGAACCUUUGUCAAGGGUGAAAAAGAAGCAGUUAAAAUCAGUAUUGAAAAUUCCUCUAAAGAGACUUGGUUUCAGCUUCCCAACGGCUGAAAGGAUCCUUCACGCAAGUUGUACCUGGGUGGCGAGAGCAGAAGUUGCGUCUCGGAUUUUCCACAUCACACUUUGGAAACAAGAGCUGUCGUUUCUUGCUCAGCAAUGGCACACCCCUAAAAAAUAGCAAGUCUGUUGUUUUUAUUUCAAACGUGGACAGUCUUUUGAAGAUGACUUAGGUCUCAAGGGGAAAAAAAGUUUGGACUUAACUAAGGAAGACAAACUGAUUUCAGAUACUUGGAGUAGCAGGAUAAGAUCAAAAAGUUAAAGCUAAGUGUAAAUUGAGCUGCAUUGAUUUCUCUCUCCCCUCCCCCACUCUCUUUUAAAAGAGGCACUGUAAGUUGGAAUGUGGUGCUGGAUCUCUGUAGGAUCCCUCUAAGUUGAUGGAAAAGUUCUCAUAGGUUUUUAUUUUUCAUUUUAAGUUAAAACUGUACAGUCGUUUGGAAAAUUCUUACUUGCCUCCACCGAAACUUUUUUUUUUUCCACUCAAAGAUUUUGGACACAAAAAAAGUAUUGGAUACAUCAGGAACUGGAUUUAUAACACAUUUUUGCUUAGGGAAAAACAACAAGAUGGAUCUAGAGGAGUCUCAGCAGUUGGGCAUGUUUGUGGAAGGUGAAUUGAUGUCAGUGGGCAUGGACACGUUCAUCCACCGAAUUGACUCUACAGAAGUGAUCUACCAGCCGCGGCGGAAAAGGGCCAAACUCAUAGGCAAAUAUCUGAUGGGGGACUUGCUUGGGGAAGGGUCUUAUGGCAAGGUCAAAGAGAUGCUGGACUCUGAAACUCUCUGUAGGAGAGCUGUCAAAAUCCUUAAGAAGAAGAAGCUGCGACGGAUCCCCAAUGGAGAAGCUAAUGUUAAAAAGUAUAUGGUGAUGGAGUAUUGUGUCUGUGGCAUGCAAGAGAUGUUGGACAGCGUUCCUGACAAAAAGUUUCCAGUCUUUCAAGCGCACGGGGAAAUACAACUCCUACGGCGGUUGCGGCACAAAAAUGUGAUCCAGCUAGUUGACGUGUUAUACAAUGAAGAGAAGCAAAAAAUAUAUCCUUCCUUUGGGCUCCCAGCUGGGGCCUUGCACCCAUUUGCUGAGGACGACGUGUGCCGAACCAGCCAAGGGUCACCAGCUUUUCAGCCUCCAGAAAUUGCCAACGGCCUUGAUACCUUUUCUGGCUUCAAAGUGGACAUAUGGUCAGCCGGUGUCACACUGUACAAUAUUACGACAGGCCUUUAUCCCUUUGAGGGAGAUAAUAUUUAUAAAUUAUUUGAAAACAUUGGAAAAGGAGACUACGUAAUCCCUGAGGAUUGUGGCCCUCCGCUUUCGGAUUUGCUUAGAGGAAUGCUUGAAUACGACCCAGCCAAGAGGUUUUCAAUACAGCAGAUAAGGCACCACAACUGGUUUCGGAAAAAGCACCCUCAGUGUGAGCCUCCCAUCGCCAUCCCGCCCAGCCCGGAGACGAAGGAUCGGUGGAGGAGCAUGACGGUGGUGCCUUACUUGGAAGACCUCCAUGGUUACAACGAGGAGGACGACGAUGACUUAAGAGACGACUACCUAGAUGACGAGAUCAUUUAUACUCAGGACUUCACCAUGCCAGGGCAGGUGCCUAACGAGGCGAGGCAGAACGGACAGAGCUGCACCCGGGGGCUGCCCAAACCGGUCUGCAUGAAUGGGACGGAGUCCGGGCAGCUGGUCAGCAAGACGAAAGCCGAGCGGCGGGCCAGCGCCUCCUCCAACCCUUCCCGCAAGGCCUCUUCUGCCAGCAGCAAGAUCCGCAAACUCUCGACCUGCAAGCAGCAGUGACCCCGGCUGGACCGCCCACCACGGUUGGUAUAACCGUUCGGGAGGCA